AUGAGUGCAGAGGAGGUUCAGAUUUCGUGCAAGUUCGUCACCCGGCUGCCGGAGCAGUACCGCAUCGCUCCCACGCCGAUCGCGGUGCCGGGCAAGCUCACGCGCUACGGCCUAUCCGAGGUGAUCAACCACCUGCUGAACCUGGACCCGCCCAAGCCCUUCGACUUUCUGGUGCAGGGCGAGCUCGUCAGGACCUCGCUCGAGAAACUCGUCGUGCGCAAAGCAAUCUCCGUGGAGUCCGCCCUCGAGGUUGAGUACAUCCCCGCGGUCGCGCCCCCGUCCGAGGAGGCCACCGGCAAGCACGAGGACUGGGUCAGCGCCGUGGACGGCAGCUGGGGCGCCGCCGUCGCCACCGGAUGCUACGACGGCACCGCCCGCCUCUGGACCCCGGGAGGCGCGCUCAUGAUCAAAUUAUCCCCGCCGGAUUUAAUCGACGGGGCGUCGCCAGCGCCCGUGACCACCGUGUGCCUGCUUCCGCCGAUGAGCCAAGGCGAUGGAAGCCGAGGAAGUGGCACCGCCACCGGCUGUGUCGUCGUCGCCGGCGGCCACGACGGCGUCGUGCGCUCCUGGGGCGUCGAGGUGGACGCGAAGAGGGGCGUCGCGAGCGAGAUUGCGAAUCAAUCUUCGCUCUUCGUCGGGCACGAAGGCGCGGUGAAGUGCGUCGCCGCGGCGCCCGGGGGCGAACGCGUCGCGUCGUGCGGGCACGACCACACCGUUCGCGUGUGGCACCGCGAUGCCGGAUUCGCCUUUGAUAAAACGGCUGGUGUAACGGCUGGGCGGAAGACGAAGAAGUCGCAGGCUGGGAAGCGUCGCAAGGGCGACGACGGCGACGACGCCGAACCCCCGGCUCGUUUUCUCCUGGUGUUCACCGGACACACCGACAGCGUCAGCGCGGUGGCGUGGGAGUCAUCGAACGUCGUCUGGUCCGGCGGCUUUGAUCACGUGUUGAAAUCGUGGGACGUCGAGACGCGACAAAACACGCAGUCGUACGACGUGCCAAAGGCGAUCAUGGGGAUGGCGUGCGUGGCGGGCGGCGGGCGCGUGGCGUGGUGUGGCGGCGGGGAUAAGGCCGUGCACAUGUGGGACCCGAGGGUCGGGGCGACGACGGGGGCGACCACCUCCUUGAUGUCCCACACGGGCAUGGUCGUCUCCGUGCGCUGGUGCCCGGGCGACGAGCAUAAGCUCGUAUCUUGCUCCUACGACGGCACCCUGAAGUUAUGGGAUACUCGUGGUAAGCUCCCGCUGCACACCGUCAACGCGCACGAGGGGGAGCGCGCGAUGGGCUGCGACUUUCACGGGCCCCGCCGCAUCGUCAGCGGCGGCACCGACGGCCGCCUGCGACUGUUCAAGCUCGAGGACUCCCUCACGGCGGCCUAG